AUGCAACGCGUCUCAAGAUUACAGUAUGGUAGUAGCGUACUGAUAACAAAAUCAUUAACGAAUCUUUUUAAUCGAAAUAUUAGUCUCAGUAAACGGACGUGUUAUCCUUCAACUUUGGGAAUUUAUUUUAAUAGUUUUCGAAUUCAACCUCAGAUAACUUCAUAUGCUACACUUAAUCAAGUUAUGCGUGGAAUACGUAAAAAAAAAUCCAAAAAAUCUAAAUCUCCUGCCUUAGAAAAGUGUUAUCAAAAAAAAGGUGUAUGUAGUAAAGUAUACACUACAAAACCGAAGAAACCCAAUUCUGCUGUACGUAAGGUUGCACGUGUAAAAUUAUCAACUGGUAAAUUUGUUACAGCUUAUAUACCUGGUGAAGGACAUAAUUUGAGCGAACAUAGUAAUGUUCUAGUUCGAGGUGGUCGUGUUAAAGAUUUGCCGGGUGUCAGAUAUCAUCUUAUUAGAGGUGCUCUAGACUUUGCAGGUGUUCCUAAUAGAGUAACUUCUCGUUCAAAAUACGGGACAAAAAAACCGAAAACCUCUAAAUAA